AGUGAUAUGUGUCACACGUGACCAUGUGGUUAAAGGGAAACCAUAUAAGCAAGUGAACAUGAGUCUGGUUGUUAAAGUUACAAGUUGAACAACCCAGACAAAGAAACAGAACUGUGACUCAGAGGUUGCUGCUCUCUACUGUACGUCUCAUCACUGACUGAUAACAUGGAGGAGCCAUUUACAACUUACAUAACCACAGGAACUGAUUAUGCUGGGACUGAUGCUUCAGAUUACCCAGAUGACUAUGGUUCCGAUCCCACUGAACCCUCCGGCAUGUGUGACAGAGGCUGGGUCAGGGAUUUCCGUGGGCAGUAUGAGCCACCCCUCCUCUGGAUCAUCUUCAUCCUCGGCGCUGUGGGUAACCUGCUGGUGGUUUGGAUCUACACCACCGUGCGUAACCGCCUGAAAACAAUGACCGACGUCUACCUGCUAAACCUGGCUGUGGCUGACCUCCUCUUCCUGUGCAUGCUGCCCUUCUGGGCUGUCGACGCCAUCAAGGGCUGGAACUUUGGCAUCAGUCUGUGCAAAAUAGUGUCAGCCGUCUACAAAAUCAACUUCUUCAGCGGCAUGCUCCUCCUCACCUGCAUUAGCGUGGACCGCUACAUUGCUAUUGUACAAGUCACCAAGGCCCAGAACCUGAAGAAAAAGAGGCUGUUCUACAGCAAGCUCGCCUGCCUUUUUGUCUGGUUUCUCUCCAUUCUUCUGGCCCUCCCUGAGUUCAUCUUCGCCCAGGUGAAGACGGACCGAAGCGGGCAGUCCUUCUGCACUCUGGUCUACUGGAACAACACGUACAACCGGACUAAGAUCCUGGUUCUGUCCCUGCAGAUCUGCAUGGGCUUCCUACUUCCUCUACUCGUUAUGAUCUUUUGUUACUCCGUCAUCAUCCGCACACUUCUGCAAGCCAAGAGUUUUGAAAAGCACAAGGCCCUACGUGUCAUCUUUGCUGUGGUGUUCGUGUUCGUCCUCUCUCAGCUGCCUCACAACAGUCUGCUGAUAGUGGAGGCCACGCAGGCAGCCAACACAACCAUCACCGACUGUGACAUUGUAAGUGGUUUUGAUAUAGCCGGACAGAUUGCCAAGAGCCUGGCGUACACUCACGCCUGCCUGAACCCAUUCCUGUACGUCUUCAUUGGAGUGCGGUUCAGACAAGACCUGAUGAGGAUUGUGAAGAUGUGUGCUGGAGGUCUUGGCAAAGGAGGGCUCAGUAAAAUGCAUGCAGUUCCCAAACGCCCCUCUGUCAUGUCGGACACUGAUACCACCCCAGCCCUUUCAAUAUAAAUGUCUAAUAUCCCCUAAAAUCCUAAACCUGACACCUGAGCCUUAUGGAUGAUCAGUUGUCAUCAUGUUCCUCAUGCGUUACUUGCUUCUAGCAGAGCAACGAUAACAUUUUCAACUUAGAAAAGCAAAAAAAUCUCUGGAGUUUGCAUUCAUUACAUUUAUAAUCUGACAGUGUCAUGCGCACAUUUUUUUCUGGAAUCAUGUAUAAAUUUGUACAUUCGUGUAAAUACUGUCUUUUUUUAAGUGUUGGUAGUUUUACAUUUUUUUCAUCAUGUAGUUCUCGUGUGCUGCUGUAACUGAAUAAAAAAAUCAGUUGAAAAAAAAAUA